GAUAACAGUAGCACAAAUGAAUCUUCCUCUCCUCCACUCAGUGUAUGAUUAGCCAUGGGUUUGUUAAAAGUAUCAGUUAUUUUAGCUCUCGUUUUCGCCGGUUUUGCAGUGUUGAUAAACAAAGCGAUUCAACCGCCUCCAGUUCCCAAAAUUGAGGAAACAUGGUGGGGACCAGGUCUUCCCACAGAGCAGGAUAAAUCUGUGAAGCCGUUCAAAAUUAAUAUUUCAGAAAAAGACAUUAAAGAUUUAAAAUAUCGCCUGGACAACCACCGUACCUUCGUCCCUCCCCUUGAGGGCAUCAGCCAACAGUACGGCUUGAACACCAAUCUACUGAAAGAGAUAGUCGACUUUUGGAGGACCAAGUACAACUGGAAAGAGCGCGAGCAGUACCUAAACCAGUUUCCGCAAUACAAAACCAACAUUCAAGGACUGGAUAUCCAUUUCCUACACGUCAAACCUAAAAUCACCAAGGACGUUAAGGUUUUACCACUUUUGAUUGUGCACGGCUGGCCCGGAUCCGUUCGAGAGUUUUAUGAUAUCAUUCCCAUUCUCACCACACCCAAGAACGGGAUUGUUUUCGAGGUGAUUGCUCCCUCGAUUCCUGGAUAUGGAUUCUCACAGGCGGCAAUCAGGCCAGGUUUGGGUGCUGCCCAAAUCGCUGUGGUGAUGAAGAACUUGAUGCACCGUUUGGGAUUCCAGAAGUUUUACGCUCAAGGAGGCGACUUUGGAGCGAUCAUUUUGCAACAACUCUCCGUCAUCCAUCCUGAAGUACUGUACGGCUUCCAUUCCAACAUGUGCACCGUACAAACUUUAAGGUCGUUCCUUUGGACCCUCGUUGGAGUGAUUUAUCCUGAUGCAGUUGUACGUAAGGAACAUUAUCAUAGAGUUUAUCCUAUGGGGACAAAUUUCGCCAGGUUGUUGAAGGAGACUGGAUAUUUGCAUUUGCAGGCUACAAAACCAGACACAAUAGGUGUGGCCAUGUCUGAUUCUCCGGUUGGUUUGGCUGCUUACAUCUUAGAAAAGUUUAUAACUGGUUAUAAUUCCACAUAUUUAGAAAUAGAUUAUAACAAGUGGAAAAACGAUUGGUUUCCGUAUACUGAUUUGUUGGACAAUAUUAUGAUUUAUUGGUGGACCAAUUCCAUGCAAACUGCCUUCAGACUCUACUCGGAAACAUUCAACAAGGCACACAGCUCACUUGGAGGCUCGAGAAUCCCAAUAAGUAUUCCCACCGCUUGUGCACGCUUCGAACAUGAUUUUUAUGCGUCUGACAAAGCAUUAGAAGAAAUUUAUCCCAAUUCAGUUCAACUGACUGAUCAUAAAGGUGGACACUUUGCUGCCAUGCAAUUGCCUAAAGUUUUAGCAGAUGAUAUAUUUAGUGCCGUAUUGAAAUUUGAAGAUAUUAGACAUAAAAAACAAUAAAAUAUUAUUUUAGUUA